UGGGUAUUAAUCAGAGUGUUAGUCAAAUAAUCCUCGCACACCACGACUCGCGCAUAAACCACGACUCGACCCACAGGGAGAGUGCGUGCGCUGCGACGGACCCAGCCGGCACCGGCAGUGCGGACACAGUGCGAGUUGCGAUGACUACCGACGCACAAGCACACCACGCGACGUAGUCUGCAACACCGCGCGGCUGGACACCACACACUUCACCGGUAGGACUCACUGGGUCGGACACGCGCGCCGUGCAGCGGCAACCGAAGAUGCCGAGAAGCCCCGCCCGAAGCUCCGAACCAUGUGCUGUGGUCGCUGCCACGCCAACCGCGCGGCCGGCCCGGGCGCAAGCCGUGACGACUGAUCGCGGCGGCAGCGCCGCGCGCCCUCGUGCCGCGGUGCGCGCCGCUCGCGCCGCGCCAAGGGAGGUCUUCAGCCUGCGGCGCGCUCACCCGCAGCGCUGCCGGGCGUGCCCAUAAAAAUGCGCCGCCUCUGGACGCGCCCGUCGAAGCCAAAGCUGUGCUGGGGACACGGCCGGAUCAGCCUCUCUGGCUCUGCUGUGAAAACGAAAGAGGACGUACGCGCCUACUUUCAAGACAACGCGUUCUACGACAAAAGUUUUGUCGGCCAAGUUGCUUUCAAUGCAGCGGAAGCGGAGGAAGGCCGACGAGGCAACAUCGUGCACGCGGGACUGAUCUACGGCUUCUGGGAGGUUGGCGAGGGUUUCGGUAGUGAGGAGUGGAAGCGCGGCUGCUACCACGCGUGCGUGCGAGGCGAGGCAGCGGCGGUUGAGAACGCAAUAGGACAUGCGCUAGAGAAGCUGGUCCAGGAACUAGCGGACGUUUACCACGCCUAG